AUGUCAACACUUCUCCCGUUUCGAGACAAGCGGCUACCACCUGUACCAGCUGCAACUUCGAUGUACCACCACGAUCCCCUGCUGCAAGUUGAGCGCCAGACCAAAUACAUUCAGCGCAACCUUCAGACAUUGAUUGAUGCUCAAAGCGAGGCUCUAUUAGCAGGUCUCGCGCAAUCUCAGCCUGGAGAUACAUCCGCCGGUAGCUAUACGCCGGCGUCCUCGGCAACUGGUCGAGCUCGGUCUCCAGCGACCACGCCUGCGCGACAACCUCCGCAUAAGAAGAUUGGGCUUCGCGCCGCACGGCAGGGUAUAUUUCUGUCCAUCUAUGACCUGCUAAAGCUGCGAGAGGAGGAACGGGACAUUCUAUUGUCCCAAACGGACGAACGCGAUAAUGCGCUUCGCGAAAUUCAAGGGUUCAAUUCGAGAAGAAAUGGUCUAGAAGAGGCCAUAUCAUCCAUACACAAUGACCAAGAGAAUCAACAAGCUAAACAACUACAAGAAGAGGCUCGCGGCCUUGAGACUGACAUUUGCGAGCUGGAAACCAAGCUAUACGAGAUGAAGGCCAAACACCGGAAUCUGAUCAGCAAGAUAUCACAUAUCGAGAACUCUGUCGAAGCAAAGCUAUCCUCCUUCAACGAGUCACUAUCCCUCCUUCAGUCCGAUAUUCAGACAUAUCUCCGUGAUCCCCCAGUUCAGCCGCUGUCACAACGAUCAAGCGAGUCUUCAUUCUACUCCCUAAACCCCAAACGACGUACCCUCGAUAUGGCAGAGGAACAUUGGAAGUCAGAGCGGGAUCGUCUACAUAAGAGACAGCACGAAGUGGACGCGGAGGUUCUGGCACUCGAAGAAGGAGGUGGGGUUUGGAAACAAGCCAUAGCCGACGUGUCUGGCUUCGAGAAGCGUCUCCGGGCCAACAUGCGGCAUUAUAUCGAGAUUCAGUCCUCUGCGACCGAUUCAAAUAACACAGAGCUGUCAGAGACGAUGGAAGAAGUCGCGGCAAAUGUCUCGGAGGACUUGGACAAGACCGUUCAGCGGUUGGAGACACAUUUGGAGCUUGCCGAAAAGAAAGACUGGAAGUUGCUGGUUUGCUGCAUUGCUGCAGAGCUCGAGGCGCUCCGCGAAGCACGCGGAAUGCUUCUUCCAGCCUUUGGGCUCCCGGUACAGGACGAUGCGCCGGCCUCCCAAUCACCGUCAUCGGAGGAACAAGGUUCAGAGGAACCUACAGAUACGCAUCAGAACUUAUCCGAUAGUGAUGACUCUGAGCCUCCCACGGAUUUAUUGAAGGAUGGGCCUGCUCAGCAUCCAGAUACCGCGUCAAGGUCCGAUGACGAUGAGCCAGACCCAGCCUGGCUCUGA